AUGCGUCGUCAUACUCAAAACUACAAUUAUAGACACUAUUCUUUUCUAUUUCCGACAAGUUCAACACAUUUAAGAAAUGCUCAUUAUCAAUAUUAUAAUCCUCGUUUACGUUUUCAACAAAAUCUUUGUUCAAAUGCAGCACCUACUUCUACAUAUUCUACGCCGCGUUCUCAAUAUCAAUCUCAACCGUUAACAACAGUAUCUGAUAUACUUGAACCAAUAUCAGUAUUUGACAAUGGAGAAACUUCGAAACAUCAUCAAGCUCCUGUCACUCCUUUACCAGUGAUAUAUCGAUCGGAAAAUACGAACCGAACGUCAAUAAUCAACAAUGAACGUUUUACGAAAGCUAGUGCUAUGCGUGAACGUUUAUUAAAAGAUAUUCAACGAAAUAUUAGUGAGAUCGAUCAAGAACUAUCGUCAUUAAAAGGACGACCUCCUAUGCCACGUUACAUUUCGCAACGUCUUCCGCCUUUGGAAGAUAGACGAGAAAUGCUUACUUCUAGAACGCUAGCGCUGUCGAAUGACGAAGAUAUAUUUUGGCCUAAUAAACCAAAACGAGCGUAUCAAGUUGUUCCACGUAUAACAAGUGAAAUAAUAAAAACAUCACAAAGUACUUCACCGAAAUUAACGGAUAAAAUCACUCCGGAUUUAUUUGUUGGUCAAUAUCAUUAUGGAGUAGAAAUAGAUGAAAUGGAAAUUCUUGAUGAUGAUCCGGAAAAUACUGAUUUUAAAUCAAAUUUUGAAGAAAUAUCUCGAUUUAAUGCUCACGAAAUGUAUUCUCUCAGUCGAUUUCGUCGUGAACAAUCCGAUGCAACGAAAAAUCGUGCAUUAGUUUUCAUUCCACAAUAUAUCGAUAAUCUUGAAACCCGAAUAAAUGAAUUAACAGAAGAACUUCAUCAAAAUAAUUUAACUGCUAGAAAUCUUUUGCAAUCCUCAGCUGUUACGUCUGUACAUGAGUUAUCAUCAGUUAGUAGAUACGACAGUCAAGAUUUACAAUUACGUCGGCAAACUGCAUCAGAACCAAAACUUCAAAUUUCAUCUGAAAGUUUGUUCAAUUCUCAUGAGCCAACAACCAAUAAAAUCGAAUCAAAUUCAAAUAAUACCAUGCUAUUGAAACCUAUUAAACAUUCUCAUCUAUCAACAAAUACUCAAGAAGCCCUUGUUUCCUCUUCACAACCAGUAAAAAGCCCUGAGAAUAACAUGAAUCACGUUUCAAGUGAUGUCCACAAUGAAUUUCAAAGUAAAGAACAACUUAAAUCCGUUGAUACCGGCCAUCUGUUUAUAGCAGCUCAAUUAGAGAGAAUUUCUGACGAUCAAAGAAAGAAUACUUUCAUGAAAGAACCACAUGCAUCGCAGCAGCAGCAGCAGCAACAACAACAACAAGAGCAAACUAAUGAGAAUACUACUCAACAUGUUAAAGAAACAGAAACGAAAAAAAUCGAUGAAACACCGAAACAAGUUGUUACUGUGAUUUCAGCAUCACCGUCAAAGAAAGUCCUUCCAAUUUCAAUUUAUGACGAUAUGCAAAUUCAGUCUACUAGAAAUAACGAUAGCACUAACGGAGAUCAACGAUAUACAUAA